AUUUUUUUAUGGGUUGGCAGCGCUGGCCAGGGAACGAGUGAAAAAGACGGUUUGUCGUAUUUGGGGGUUAAAUUUUCCAACGAAGGAAAUUUUCUUUCGCAACUUUAGUUUUUAAGCAAAUUAGGAUAAAAAAUGGCACUAAAUCUACAAUACGAGGCGAUAGGAAAGGGAUUCGUUCAGCAAUAUUACGCAUUAUUCGACGAUCCUACGCAACGUCCUAACCUUGUCAAUAUGUAUAAUAUAGAAAGUUCGUUUAUGACAUUUGAGGGCGUACAACUACAAGGAUCUGUUAAAAUUAUGGAAAAAUUAAACGGUCUAUCCUUCCAAAAAAUCAAUAGAAUAAUAACUGCAGUGGAUUCACAGCCAAUGUUCGAUGGUGGCGUAUUAAUAAACGUAUUAGGUAGACUGCAGGCUGAUGACGAUCCACCUCAUGCAUUUUCCCAAGUUUUUUGUUUAAAACCUUUAGGUAACUCAUUUUAUGUCCAACACGAUUUGUUCAGAUUGGGAAUUCAUGAUACCGCUUAGGUUUUUACCAUUAUUAUAUUCGUAAUUUUUUAUAAAAAAAAAUAUAUUAUUACACAACUACUAAAAAACUUUAAGCUGUUGUUUUUAUGCUGUCAUUUAUUGUAAUGCUUGUCUGAUUUUUUUUUCAAUUAUUAAAACCUAUUUUCCAA